AUGUCUGAUUUUGUUUCUCUGUAUAAUCAUCAUGUUCCUGAUAUUUCUUGUUAUUUACAUCUGACUUGUGUAAUCUAUAUUUCUUGUCACCACCAUCAGAUUUGCGUGACCAAUGUUUUAUAUCAUCAUCAUCAUAGUCGCCAUCGGUGUCGAUGUUUCUUUUCUUCCUUAUCUGACCAGUGUUCUCUAUCAUCAUUAGAUCGGUGUCGAUGUUUCUUUUCUUCCUUAUCUGACCAGUGUUCUCUAUCAUCAUUAGAUCGGUGUCGAUGUUUCUUUUCUUCCUUAUCUGACCAGUGUUCUCUAUCAUCAUUAGAUCGGUGUCGAUGUUUCUUUUCUUCCUUAUCUGACCAGUGUUCUCUAUCAUCAUUAGAUCGGUGUCGAUGUUUCUUUUCUUCCUUAUCUGACCAGUGUUCUCUAUCAUCAUUAGAUCGGUGUCGAUGUUUCUUUUCUUUCUUGUCUGACUGGUGUUCUCUAUCAUCAUUAAAUCUGUGUCGUUUCUUUUCUUCCUUGUCUGACCAGUGUUCUUUAUUAUCAUUAGAUCUGUGUCGAUGUUUCUUUUCUGACUGGUGUUUUUUAUCAUUUGACCUUUGUCGAUGA